CAUUAGAAGAAUUAAAAUAAUUACUUCGAACUAAACCUUCUCUCGUAUGAUAUAAGAUUAGAUUGGCGGUACCUAGGUAGUCUCCAAAGUAUAGAGUUUCCUAGGUCAGAUUACUUUCUUGCACGUGACUCCUAGCUUUUUCUUCGGUUGCAUUGUGGGGCUGAAUUGUGUACAGACCCCGGUACUUUCGUCCCCACUAUUACAUUGUUGCACCUAUAAUCCCUGCAAAAAAGUUUCAACGACGAACUCAUCUUAUUCUUCCAACUCUCGACUUUGAUUGAAUUUUUCACUGACCACUCUCUUGACUAAUCAUACCCAAUAAUCAAAUAUUUAACCAGGGCUUGAGGAACCUGCCCCGUUUGAUUGAAGAUGUUUGCGGUACCAGGUUGGGCUGUAUCAGCGGAUAACCUCAAAUCAGAGACCGCAGCAACUCAAAAAGCAACAGCAGAUGAAUCUAAUUCAAAGAAGCGCAAGAGGCCUUCAUCAGCGGGGAACAAUGUGACAACAUCAAAUGUUGCGGACCUCUGGGAGCAAGUCAUCGAAGGAAGAUCAGGGAAGAAGGCUAAAUCCGACAAAGAUGGCGGUAAGCCUGAAGGUCAAUCUGGAGAGCGCCCAAAGAAAAUGACCCUUAAGGAGAAGAAGAAACUAAAGAAAUUACGAGAGAGGGAAGCAGCUCAGGAAAAUGCGGAGAAGGAUGGAGUUGCCAAUGGCGCCAGCAAACCUGCGCCAGAGCAAGAACCUUCUAAUGCCACGCCCAAGGAGGCAAAGAAGAACAAGAAGAGAAAGCCCAAGGAUCGAAAAGAGAAUGGCGAGGGUAACACAGCAGGGGAGAAGACAGCGGUCCAAUCUGACCAAGUCUCUGCUCCCGCCACAACACCUAAAUUAACACCCUUACAAGCCGCGAUGAGAGAAAAACUGGUUUCCGCGCGAUUCCGUCACCUCAAUGAAACACUCUACACCAAACCCUCGGAAGAAAUGUUCAAGCUAUUCGAGGACUCACCCGAGAUGUUCCAGGAGUACCACGAAGGAUUCCGCCGCCAAGUCGAUGUCUGGCCUGAGAACCCAGUCGAUGGGUACGUCCGGGAUAUCAAGGUACGAGGGCAGCAGAAGGCGCCACCUAGGUCCAAGCACGGCCAACACUCCGCCGCACCAGGUGAAGUCACGUCUCUCCCACGCACGAACGGAACCUGCACAAUUGCCGACCUAGGCUGCGGCGAUGCUAAACUCGCCACGGCCCUACAAUCCGAGAAAAAGAAACUCCGCCUCGAGGUCCUCAGCUACGACCUACAGAGUCCUAGCCCACUAGUCACUCGCGCCGAUAUUGCGAAUCUGCCCCUCGCCGACGGUGCCGUGGAUAUCGUCGUCUUCUGCCUUGCGCUCAUGGGCACAAACUGGCUCGACUUUGUCGAAGAAGCUUAUCGAAUCCUGCAUUGGCGCAGCGAGCUCUGGGUCGCGGAGAUCAAGAGUCGGUUCGGACAAGUUGGGGGCGGUGGCAAAGGGGGCAAGGGUGGAAAGAACGGAGUGCCCGUGAGUCAUAGCGUGGGGAAUCGAAGAAAGGUGCAGGGAAAGAAGGGGAAGAGCAAGGAAACGGAUGGUCCAGAGGGUCCAGAGGACGAAACAGCGCUAGCUGUGGAAGUUGAUGGUGCGGAUGACAAGAGGGAAGAAACCGACGUCACAGCAUUUGUGGAGGCUCUACGAAAGAGGGGGUUCGUUCUGCAAGGGGCAGUGGACUUGAAGAACAAGAUGUUCGUUAAAAUGCAUUUCAUCAAAGCGGCUUCGCCGACAGUUGGAAAAGGCGCCAUCGCCCAAAAAGAAUCUGGUCGUGGUGGUGCCGGUGCAAAGAAAACGGGUAUCAAGUUCGUGGAAACGGAGAAGGAAGAUCAGGGUACGUUGGAUGAGAGCUCUGUUCUGAAGCCCUGUGUCUAUAAGCUGCGAUAAGGCCAAGCAAGCUAUCUGACUGUCUGUAAUCCAUACACAUCCACAUCCGCACCUGCAUCCAUACCCACAGCCACAUAUCAUACUAUAGCUAGGUACCUACAUAUAUCAGCAAACCCGUAAAUAUCUUCUAAUCUGUAAAUGACUUAAUUAAGGGGUGUGUUUGUGUUUGUGCCUCAGAUAAUUUUUUAUUGUUCAGAUUCGGCGAACGUG